CCCAGCCGGGACAGGGGCCUCAGGGUACCGCCCCGCGCUGCCGGAGGCGGCUGUAGCGUCAGGUGACAGCCCGGAAGCUGCGGAAGCGGAUGAAGCAGAGAGGUGGAGGCCCGGUAGGGCUCCGCGGAGGUGAGGGAGCGGGUCGGCGGCCCGGGAGCUCGUGGCGCAGCGCGUAUGCGGCGCUCAGGCUGACAUCCGAAGGCUGCCGCUCUGGGUCGUGCGGCCGGGCUUCGGCGUUUGGAGUCGCGGCGCGGGCCUCCGGCGGGCGUCCAUGGAGAAGGCUGGGCGUGAGAGUGACGGCGCCCCCUGCGGGCCUGUCCUGCACAUCGUGGUGGUCGGCUUUCACCACAAGAAGGGCUGCCAGGUUGAAUUCUCUUACCCACCACUAAUUCCAGGAGAUGGACAUGACAGCCACACUUUACCUGAAGAAUGGAAGUACUUGCCUUUCCUUGCCUUGCCAGAUGGUGCACAUAACUAUCAGGAAGAUACUGUGUUUUUCCACUUGCCACCCAGAAAUGGAAAUGGAGCUACAGUAUAUGGUAUCUCUUGUUAUCGACAAAUUGAAGCCAAGGCAUUAAAAGUGAGGCAGGCCGACAUCACCAGGGAGACUGUUCAGAAAAGUGUCUGUGUUUUAAGCAAGCUGCCUCUUUAUGGCUUACUUCAAGCAAAACUCCAACUCAUUACACAUGCAUAUUUUGAAGAGAAAGAUUUUUCCCAAAUUUCCAUUCUAAAGGAGCUCUAUGAACAUAUGAAUAGUUCCUUGGGAGGGACCUCACUAGAAGGAUCACAGGUGUAUCUUGGUCUGUCUCCUCGAGAUCUUGUCCUUCAUUUUCGACACAAGGUCUUGAUCCUUUUUAAGCUAAUUCUUCUUGAAAAGAAGGUUCUGUUUUACAUUUCUCCAGUGAAUAGAUUGGUGGGUGCACUAAUGACUGUGUUAUCCCUUUUUCCAGGCAUGAUCGAGCAUGGCCUCAGUGACUGUUCUCAGUAUAGACCCCGAAAGAGUGUGUCUGAUGAUGCUGGACCUCAGCAAAGUAAUCCCUCCGCAGAUGAUUUUACUUCUGAGCCUACUUCUGACAUCUUAAAUACCAGCGUGGGAACUUUCACAAGAAUCAUGGCAGUAAACCAUGGAGAAGAUGCUGUGCCCAAGACGGAGAAGCCUUACUUCCAAGUAGAAGGUAACAACAACAAAGGACAGGAACCCAGUGAUUCUGGCCGAUAUUUGGAACUUCCACCCCGUCCAUCUCCAGAGUCUUCAGAAAGUGACUGGGAAACGUUGGAUCCUAGUGUCUUAGAGGAUGCCAGCAUGAAAGAAAGGGAACAGAUGGGGUCAGACCAGACACAUUUAUUCCAAAAGGACUCUGUGCCCUCGGACAGUCCUCCAAUUACUGUACAGCCUCAAGCUAAUAACAGGCAGGUGGUCCUGAUACCAGGGCUCAUUUCUGGUUUGGAAGAAGACCAAUAUGGCAUGCCUCUGGCCAUCUUUACAAAGGGAUAUCUGUGUUUGCCUUACAUGGCAUUGCAGCAGCAUCAUCUUCUCUCUGAUGUCACUGUUCGGGGAUUUGUGGCUGGAGCUACUAACAUCCUUUUCCGACAACAGAAGCACCUCAGUGAUGCCAUUGUGGAAGUGGAAGAAGCACUGAUCCAGAUCCAUGAUCCAGAACUUAGGAAGCUGCUUAACCCAACGACUGCAGACCUAAGGUUCGCAGACUACCUGGUGAGGCACGUGACUGAGAACAGGGAUGAUGUCUUCCUGGAUGGCACCGGCUGGGAGGGAGGUGAUGAAUGGAUCCGGGCCCAGUUUGCAGUCUACAUCCACGCUCUGCUGGCUGCUACACUGCAGUUAGAUAAUGAAAAGAUGUUAUCAGACUAUGGAACAACUUUUGUUGCCGCUUGGAAGAAUACUCACAACUACAGGGUAUGGAACAGCAAUAAGCAUCCGGCACUUUCAGAGAUAAAUCCAAACCAUCCUUUUCAAGGCCAGUACUCGGUGUCAGACAUGAAACUCAGAUUUUCACAUUCUGUUCAGAACAGUGAACGUGGCAAAAAAAUUGGCAGUGUCAUGGUCACAACCAGCCGGAAUGUGGUGCAAACAGGGAAAGCCGUUGGCCAAUCAGUUGGAGGAGCUUUUUCCAGUGCAAAGACAGCUAUGUCUUCAUGGCUAUCUACUUUCACCACAUCCACCCCUCAGAGUCUUCCUGAGCCACCCAACGGGAAGCCCUGAGUCCAGCAAAGCAGCAGGAGCUGCUUGGUUUUCUAAGGUGUAAUGCUCCCUCCCCGUCUGCUGCUCCCAGGGUUUCUUCUUCUAUCCAAAGGUCCAUACCCAGGGACCACGAUGACAAACUGUUUACAUGGACGGUUGCACUCUAUCUAAAUGAAAGUUGCAGUAUGCUGAAUGGAUGAAAUUACAGAGUAGCAGAAUAGCUUUCCAGGUUGGGGGUUAAAUCAACUACUUUCACUUCAUUCUGAGCCUAAUUAAUGUACACAAUGAACCUUGUAGUGAAUUUUAAGUUCUGAGACUGUACAUUUGUUUACUUAGAAGAAUUUUUACAUAUGUAUAUUUUGUUCUAUUUUGCUGUUUAAAUAUUUAGAUGGUCGUUGUAAUUUAUAUUGACUAAAAUUAAGUUAUAUUACUAUUUCACUAUCUCUGAAGUUAGCCCUAAAAUGUAUUUGUAAUGUGUAGGGACUAUGCAUUCCAGUCUGAGUUCGCUAGGGUGGACUUUUAUGGGAGGGUUGGCGGAAACCCUCUAUUCACUAAACAUACUUACCAGCUCACUUCUUCCCAGAGCUGUGAAAGUCAGAAGGGGAAGCUGAGGAUAAGAUGCCAUUUUCUAUGAAUGUCUUCCUGUCACAGUUGGUGUGAAGCAGCAGAGAUGCUCCUGGGCUUCUCCUACUGGCAGUGCUUGUGCAAGGAAGCAGCAGUGUGACUCAGCAGCACUGAAGGGCUGGCACAUGUCUGGAGAGCAGUACUUUGACAACCCAUAUGCUAGCUCGAUUGACUCCAGUUAUGUUGCUGUCUUAAUCAGCACUUUGUUAUCAAAACUGUGUGCCUUGUUUGUUGUGAAUGGUUGUCCGUUGGAUCUGGAUAGACCCACAGGUCUUCUCUUAGUCUUCUUCUGCAGUGAGCUUUUCAAAGGCACUUGACCUCCCUACUUCCCUGACUGGAAAUCCUUCUGUAGUCAGGUCUGCUACCUUCUAAAGAAAAACAAAGUGACCAAUAAAGAUUAAAUAUAAACUAUGACUUAGAUCACAUUUAGAAAAGCAAGAAGUUGGCCAAUGAGAUGAUUUAGAGAGGAAAAGCAUUUACUGUGCAAGCAUGACAACCUGAGUCCAGAUCUCUGGAACCCACAUAAAAGCCACAUCUGUAAUCCCAGUGUCCCUACAAUGAGGUGGGAGCAGAAUCAGGAGAAUCUUACAGAAUAUCGCCUAGAGUGAACAAUGAAUUGGCAGAAACGAGAGACCCUGCCUCAAAACAAUGUGGAAAGGAAGAACCAACUCUUGAAAAUUGUCCUCUGACCUCCAUGUAGGCAAUGUGUCAUGCACAUGCUUAUAUUCACACACACAAAGACAUACACCUCAAAUGAAAGAACAGUAAGAAGCAAGAGAAUGAAUUCGAAUUCGCACCUGUGCCAGGAGUCACUUGUUUGGUAAAUCAGUACAGUUGGCUUCAUGUUACCACAGGCAUGAAUUUGCCAGCCUCUCAUUUAAUUCAUGUUUGUCAUGUAUAACUGUCAUUUGCCUUUCAGGAGAUCCUGAAUGGGUGUUCUCAGGGAGUACUUAUGGGAAACAGUCUACCUUUUCAGUAACAGAAGGCAUGUAGAAUAACCGUUAUAUCUACAUAUGAUUAAAUAAGCAUUGAGAAAGUAAGAGACCAAAUUAAGGAUAUUGAUUAUCUUUCAUUUAUCCUCUACGAGAUUCCCUAAGGACUAUUAAAAGAAGAUAGGGCAUAAUUCAAUAUUUUUAAAACUUUGCAAAUUGGAUUUUCAAACAAAACCACAAAAUAUGCACUACUUCAAAUUGGGCAUAAUAACUUGAGAGAAUCCAGUGACAACAAAUUAAUUGGUUAAUGGGAGAAAACCAUUAAUUUUCUUUGGCCAGUAAAUAUUUGAAAAGUUAAGAAACUAAAGGCACACAAAACAGUGAGAGGCACAUUAAUGUGCCGAGACUAUUGAGAAUCUCUUGUUAGAUACCAUUUCAUGUGGCUGCAGCAUGCUGGUAUACCCAUGGUAGUUGACAUUGCUAGGAGCCCUACCAGGGUUAGCUAAUAAGGUAAUGAUUCAUUCUUUAGUUUGUACCAGGUUUGUAUGACUUGCAGAAUUGCCUGCUAUUACUUAAACAAAAGCAAUGCAGCAUUGACUUUGAAAUAUACUUGGGGGCAAAAUGUAACUGCUUUUGUUUCACACUCCCCAUUUGAGUGUGUAUGGUUCCCCCUGUGUAUGGUCUCACAGUCUUGCCACACAGGUCUCUAAAUUGCCAACUUCCUCCCUCUUGUCUCAACUGGGAUUAUACGAACACCACUGUGCCAGGCUUAAGUGUAUAUUUUAAUUGAACCUUCUCUUAAUGUAGUUAAAAACUUAACUCUUAAAAAUGGUCACUUAACUGGUCAGCAUAAAAUAACUUACCUUGGGAAAAAAAAACAACAUCUUGGAAUGGUCAAAAGGCCAUACUCUUACUUCCUUCAGGUUCCCGGAAAUGUUGGCUUUUCAAGGGCCAUAGGCCAUUUUGUUGCUGGCGGGGGGCAUCACCUAAUGCAGCAGCCAGUGUCAUGGAGAAUAGGAGAUACAGCCAGUGAGCCCAGACAUGUGAUGUCUGUAUUGUAGGCUCCAGUGAGCUAGACUAACUCUAAUGAGUAGUCUCCCUCCUGGCAUGGUAGUCCUUUAGUCAACACCUGGCCUUUUGACUGUUGCCAGGAUAAGUGGCUAUUGGAAACCAUGCUUUCUCCAGUGAUUGCCAAUGCUCUUGUGUCUUAAGAACUGAGUGUUUGUAACUAGACCUUCGGGAGUGAAAGUCGACCAGCAUUUUUCAGGUUUUCGGCAGGCAGACAUUGACAGUAGCUGCACUGCUGUUCAGGUAGUUUUGAGGAAGCCCAUUAUGAUCGUAGUGUGAUGACAAUGGCACAGAUAAGGGAGAGAAUUCAAGCUGUGAGUCUGUGGAGUAGAGUAGAAAUUCUGAAGCUGCACGUAACAGGAUGUAGAGCAAUUGUAUAUGUAUAUCUGAUUUAUAACCAACAUGAAUUGUCCACCCCCAAAUCCUUCACUAGCUCACAAGCCUGAAAACAGUUCUCUCCUUUUGCGUUAAGAAACAGUUGGCUUUCUUGGGCAGCAAAGUAGAGUGCAUGACAGGACUUCCUCAGUCCUUCUGCUUUUCAAAUUUUGUACUAAGCAGUUAACUGAUUUUUAGAAUAGCUUUCUUAAGAUAUUCAAGGAAAAAGCAAAUUAGGAAAACAAAAAUGAGAACUAUUACAUGGUUGAGAAACAGGGCACUUAAAGUCUGAAUGGAGAAUAUUUUGACAUCAGUAUUUAACCUACUAAAGGCAUGAGUUUAGACAGAAGUUAGAAUCAUAAUCUGCUAUUUACAUUUCUAAGUGAAGCUGUAACAUUCUUUUAGCUGGUAGGCAGGUAUUAUUGAAGCUGUAUAUUUUAUAGAGAAAAUUUUGUGGGAGUUAACAGCCAGUGGCCUCUCUUCCUCUCAUGUUGAUAAGUUUAGAAGUCCUGCAGCCAGCAUCCUGAUUUAUACCCACAGGCAGUGUCUGCUGCAGCCUCCACAGAGGGCAGCCUGUUAGGACAGAAGCUACCGGCUCCUACCUGUGGUGCUAGCUGCACCAGCCUGUUAAUGUAUUGGGGAUAUUGCUUAGGAUCCCUGAAACAUUUGCACACUGGAGUUCUUUAAUGAGAAAUGGCCCAGCAUUCAUGGCUUUCCACGCCAUCUUCUGGUAGCCUUUAACUAUGGCAGAAUGCUCCUUGAAUCACUUGAAGAUGACCAUCAUUCCUCCUAACAUAAUGUGCCGCUAGGGUUUUCUCAUUCCAAGUCUUCUGACUUCAUUAGUUUGGAAUUCUUUUUCCAUAAUUUCCAACAUUCCACAAAACUUUUUUUUAGAGAAAAAAAGGAUUGUGUUUUUAUUUUUUCAUACAAAAAACUUCAUAAAAACGACUUCCUACCUACAUUAUGAAGAAACUGGCUCCCUCGUAUAGUAUAACACUCCAAAAUUAAGAUUGUGCAUGUCUAAGGGGUUGGAUAUAUUUUGUAAAACUCUAAAUACAUUUGUAUUUCUGUGCUGUUCAGAAAUUUACCUUUUUACUUAUACUUAUUACAUAUACAGAAAACUAUAUAUUUAAAUCAUGUAAAUGGAACAAAAUUUAAGAGGGAUUCCAAUCUUAUUUUUCAUCAGCUUCUCAUGCACAUAGUAUGCUGCUAAAGUUUCUCUUUUGUGCAAUAUAAACAUUUAAACAUUUCAAGUCAGGUACUGAGCCAGAAAAGGUCAUUGAAGUUUUCAGAAAACUGCUUAAAGUGUAUUUUAUUUUAUUGAGAUACUGUUAUUUUAUAGCUGGAAAAACAAGAUUGCACAUUACAAGUUUCAGUCCGCUUGAUCAUCCCUUUCUAAAUUUAGAAAGCAUUUGAUUAAUGACUUGGUGAAGGUACUUAACGGUUGGAAAUUAGUUUUUAAGGAAGUUAAGCUAUAGCUUCUCUUUCCUCUAGUGGCUUUGUAGUUUGUGCUGGUUCAUUUCUGUUGUCAAUUGUUUUUUAAAACAUAUUCAAGUUAUAAAUCAUGUCUAAUCAUGCUGAAUUGUAGAGUUUCUGUUGUACAUUUAUUUUAAGGAAAACCUGAUAAUAAAAUUAUCCUGUUUCUCUUGCA